AUGCCUCAAAUUCCAGUAGGUGAGGUGUACAAAGCCAGGGAGUGUAUUGACGUCAGCUUCUCUAACGGCGGAUGGUUUAUUGACGAAAAUUGCGAUAGCCGGAGAAUGGGACUCUACGCGCUAAUCGACCCUUUUGUCGUAGGAGUAAUCCUCCUACUAAUUUUCUACUUUGGGAAACGGCCGAGGCCCAAGGCCAAACUCGGCGCCUGUGAGACGCCUAGACCUGAGUCUGAGCUCGAUCCCUCCAGAGAUAUUGUUGAUAUCAUCAAAAGAACCAACAAGAACUGUGUCGUCUUCUAUGGCUCUCAAACGGGAACUGCGGAAGAUUACGCCGCACGGCUUGCUAAGGAAGGCAAAAGCCGUUUCGGGCUGAACACGAUGGUUGCAGACCUCGAGGAGUACGACUACGAUCGCCUCGGUCAGCUUCCUAGAGAUACGAUUCUCAUCUUCGUUCUCGCAACUUAUGGCGAGGGCGAGCCGACCGACAACGCUGUUGACUUUCACACAUUCAUUACAUCGGGCGAACUUCUCUCCGCCGACAACCCUUCCCCUUUACGCGACCUCGCGUUUGCCGCUUUCGGUCUGGGAAAUAGCACAUAUGAGAAUUGGAGAGGGAGACGAUGGCAAGGGGGCGUGGAAGAAGACUUCUUGGCGUGGAAAGAGUCUAUGUGGACGCCACUCGCAAAGAUGUUUGGCUUGAAAGAGCGUCCCACUGUCUACGAACCUACUUUCGCGAUAUCUCCCCUCGAUGAACUUACACCAACUUCGAAUGGGGUGUUUCUGGGUGAGCCCACGAUAGCCGCUCUACGAUGCGCUCCGCAAGGACCAUAUAAUGCUCACAACCCCUACCUUGCCGUUGUCUCGGAGUCAUACGAGCUAUUUUCUAGCAAAGAUAGAAACUGUUUGCACCUGGAAAUCGAUAUCGGUGAUUCAAAUUUCUCGUACACUACCGGCGAUCAUAUCGCUAUCUGGCCUAAUAACCCGAGCGAAGAGGUGGAGAGCCUUCUUCGAAUUCUCAACCUAUGGGAGACGAGGAACCGAGUUGUUGACAUUAAGGCAGUGGAUAGCUCGGUUAAGGUCCCGUUCCCGACUCCUACGACGUUUGACGCGCUCUUCCGGUAUUACUUGGAAAUCUGCGCACCAGUGUCACGUCAACUGUGUGCUACUCUUGCAAGCUUCGCCCCAAGUGAGGAGGCAAAGGAGAGGAUGGCCCUUCUCGGCCGCGAUAGGGAUCAUUUCAUUCAAGAAACAAGAUCAGCGUAUUUCAAUCUCGCUAGUCUACUAGCAAGAGUCAGCAGAGGCGACGCAUGGAGGGACGUUCCCCAUUCUGCCGUAAUCGAAGGGCUCGGCAAAUUGCAACCUCGGUAUUACUCCAUAUCGUCCUCAUCGCUAGCACAACCUCGCAUGGUGUCGAUCACAGCUGUGGUCGAGUCAAAGGCAGUGAAGGACCAGGAGAAGCCUUUCAAGGGGGUAGCAACAAACUAUUUGCUGGCCUUGAAAUACCAUCAGAACUGCGAGGUUCCUCCUGAAAGCUUCAGACUUUCCUAUCAGUUACAUGGUCCCCGAAAUACGCGCAAGGACGUGAGGCUACCAAUCCAUAUCCGUCACUCUCAUUUCAGGUUACCAGCCGACAUCAAAUGUCCUGUUAUUAUGAUCGGGCCUGGUACGGGGGUUGCCCCAUUUCGUGCCUUCACUCAAGAGCGUGCCAGGGACGCAGAGCAGGGCCAGAAGGUGGGCCAAAUGCUCCUAUUCUUCGGAUGCCGCAAGUCAUCUGAAGACUUGAUCUAUGCUGCUGAAUGGGAGAGGUAUAAGAAUGUACUCGGUGAUGCGUUCGAGUUCAUCACGGCUUUCUCUAGAGAGGGCGCGGAAAAGGUUUACGUUCAGCAUCGGCUUCGAGAACACGCACGAGCCAUUUCUGGACUUGUUUCUCAGGGAGCACAUAUCUACAUCUGCGGAGAUGCCAACAGCAUGGCUCGGCAAGUGAACGCUGCCUUAGUCCAAAUUCUGGUUGAGCAGAAUAAUCUGUCUAGGCCAGAUGCAGAGAAAUUUUUAAGCGAUAUGAAAUCAAGACAACAAUACCAGGAAGAUGUUUGGUAA